AUGCCUACCUCACCGUCCAAUUUACCUACCAUACUAAGCACGCUGUCCGCAAGUGCGAUAUCCAUCGCGUACGGCUUGGAUGUUCAGCCAGCACAUGACCCCAAUAUCGAGCGCUGUGAAGCAGCGAUUGGCCAAUUGAACGAUGCUGCGCUGGAUGGCAAUUAUCUUGUCGACACUUUGCCGAUGCUGAAGUACAUUCCCAGCUGGAUGCCCGGCGCCGGUUUCAAGGCCUACGCGGAGAAGGCUCGACCGAAAACUUUGGACAUGUUCAACACCCCUUUCAUCGAAGCUUGCGACAAAAUACGCGAGGGUGGGGCUGAACAAAGUAUGGUUUCUUCUGGUCUUGCGAGGGGCGGCUACUCCAUCGACGACCACCCCGAUCAAGAGAUCAUCAGAGACGUCGCUUCCAUGGCUUAUGCAGGUGGCGCAGAGACCUCGCACCUGGCAUUGAAAACCUUUGUUGCCGCAAUGCUUCUUUAUCCCUCCGUGCAUGACAGGGCUCAGCAGGAGCUUGAUGCCUACAUUGGCUCUCAACUCCCGACCUUCGACGAUUUACCCCACAUGCCAUAUGUACAUGCGGUUAUGCUGGAAGUAUUGCGGUGGCAGGCAGUACUCCCACUAGCGCUCGCACACCGGCUUACAGAAGCAGACACCUACAAUGGCUAUUACCUCCCAAAAGGCGCUACCGUGUUCGCCAAUACCUGGGCACUGCUGCGCGACGAGGAGCAUUAUCCCGAUCCCGAUAGGUUCAACCCAGAUAGAUUCCUCAAAAACGGAAAAAUCGACCGCAAACUCUGCGAAGCGAUGCCUAACUUUGGCUAUGGGCGAAGAAUAUGCCCCGGCCGCAACUUUGCUAUGGACUCCCUCCACAUCUCGAUCGCAUCCAUUCUGACGGUCUUCGAUAUCAGAAAAGCAACGGACGAGCAUGGCCAAGUUAUUGAACCCGAAAUCGACUACACUCCUGGGUAUACAAGGCAUAUACGUCCGUUCAAAUGCGCCAUUACAUCUCGUUCUCCAGAAGUGGAGAAACUCGUUUAUGGUACUGACCUCUCGUAG